UACAGUUUUGUGACAAAAUUGUAGGUUAUGUGUUUCGUUUCUUUUCAAAACAUAAAGUAAUGGGUAAUAUUGCCGCAAUGGUUCAUUUUUAAUUUAACUUGAGUUAUAAGUAUACUGCAUUGUCAAUAAUUUGUAAAUCCUGUUAAUAUUGCACUAUAACAGCUUUAGCAGCAGAAAGAUUAUAAUUACUUAAUUGAUAUUUCAUAACAAUGGUACGAAAACUAAAAUAUCAUGAGCAAAAACUAUUAAAAAAGGUUGAUUUCAUAUCAUGGAAAGUCGACAACAACCUUAACGAAGUUAAGGUUAUGAGGAAGUAUCAUAUUCAAAAGCGGGAAGACUACACAAAGUAUAACAAACUAUCAAGGGACAUCAGAGAACUGGCGAACAAAAUAAAAGACUUAGAUGCGAAUUCAGAUUUUAGAACAGAGUCCAGUGCACAAUUACUUGAAAAACUUUAUCAAAUGGGUCUCAUACCAACAAGAUGGGAUUUGGUUUUGGCAACUAAUGUAUCGGCAAGUUCUUUUUGUAGAAGACGGCUGCCUGUUGUAAUGGUCAGGAGUAAGAUGUCACAAUCAAUACAGAAAGCCACUACAUUCAUAGAACAAGGGCAUGUGAGAGUUGGGCCUGAAGUAGUAAAGGAUCCUGCAUUCUUGGUCACUAGAUCACUUGAAGAUUUUAUCACAUGGGUUGAUGGUUCCGCAAUCAAGAAACAUGUCAUGGAGUAUAAUGAUUUGAGGGAUGACUUUGAUAUGAUCUGAAACAUGAAAGAAAGGAAGUUAUUACAUCUUAAGAUAAAAUCAUAUUGUACAUAAAGAUUAGACACUGGAUUGGACUCAAUUUUCAUUGAUUUAGGAAAUAUUCUAAAGUGAUUUUAGUUAAAAUAAUAUCUGUGUCAAUAACUUAUGUAUUAUAUAUACAUUGUGUAUUUAAUAAACAUUUUAAGCUUAAUAA